ACCACCUGCCGGCCGGCGGGCGGCGGGGCCGGAGCGGGGACCUGGCGGCGCCCGGCGGGCAGCGCAGGAGCCGGCCUGGCGGGGCUCGGCCGGUGGGUCCCCCUGUUCCUGUGCCUGCUGCAGUCCACUCAAGGGAGGCCCCAUCUGGCUCCUCCUCAGAACGUGACGCUGCUCUCCCGGAACUUCAGUGUGUACCUGACAUGGCUCCCAGGGCCUGGCUACUCCCAGAACGUGACCUAUUUUGUGGCCUACCAAAGCGCUCCGACCCCCAGACGGUGGCGAAAAGUGAAACAGUGUGCGGGAACCAAAGAGCUGGCCUGUUCUCUGAUGUGCCUGGACAAACAAGACCUGUACAACAAGUUCAAGGGGCGUGUGUGGGCAGUUUCUACCGGCUCCAGGUCCCCCCCGGUGGAGUCCAAGUACCUGGAUUACCUUUUUGACGUGGAGCCAGCCCCACCCGUCCUGGUAGUCACCCGGAAGGAGGAGAUCCUGAGCAUCAAUGCCACAUAUCAGCUGCCACACUGCAUGCCCCCACCGGAUCUGAAGUACGAGGUGGAUUUCUGGAAGGAGGGAACAAAGAAUAAGACACGAUUUCCAGCCACUCCCCGUGGCCAGCCAGUCCAGAUCCCCCUGCAGCCAGACACCAGUGGACCCUACUGCCUCAGUGCCAGAACCAUCUACACCUUUGGUGAUCCUAAGUACAGUGGGUUCUCUAAGCCUACCUGCUUCUUCCUGGGGGCCCCAGGAGCCAACUGGGUAUUCCUGGGGUUGCUGCUGCUUCUGCUUCCACUGCUGUUGGUCAUUGCCAUAGGCCAUGUGAUCUGGAGGAGGUUCACAGACAACCCCUGGUUUCAGCAGGCAAAGAUGCCAUGGGCCCUGGACUUUACUGGACACAGACGCCCCGUGGCAACCUUUCAGCCCUGUGGCCCUGAGUCCCCAGAUGCCUUGAUCCUCUGUCCCCAAAAGGAACUGACCAGAAGGGUCGGGCCGAGCCCUAGUGUCAGGACCCCAGCCACUGUCCAGGCAGGAUCAGAGGAGGACAGUGCUGAGGAGGAGAAGGACGAUGAGGAGGACACAGAUGACGGUGUCAGCUUCCAGCCCUACAUUGAACCACCGCCCUUCCUGGGGCAGGACCACCGGACCCCGGGGCACUCGGAGGUGGGGGGCACCUGGACUCCUCCCAGCCAGGCCGAAGGCUCCUCAGCUGCGGAUGCUUCAGACAGAAGCGGGGCCAGCACUGGGGGCUCCUCUCCCUGGGAUGAGCCUGAGUCUUGUUGUUUAGCCAAGAAGGGAUCGGGCCAAGGGCCAGGUGGGGAUGGCUGUCAGGAGCCUCUCCUCCUCCACGAAUUCUCCCAGGACCUGAGUUUCCUGGAAGAUCCCCUGAAAGACAACCUUUCCUCCUGGACCAGCUGCUUUUCAUCACCAGGGCUGAAUCUGGUCCCUGGGGAGCCCCCAGUUUCUCUUCACACACUGACCUUUUGCUGGGACAGCAGCCCUGAGGAGGAAGCGGAGGAGGAGGGGGAAGAAGAAGGAGGAGGAGGGGAGAGAGAAUCAGAAAUCGAGGGUGACGUUACUGGCAACUGGAGGGCUGAGAGCCUCCAGAAGGCUGAAGUCGGAGGCGGGACACUGGGGCAUUACAUGGCCAGGUAAGCUUUCUUCAGCAUCCCUCCAAGUCUAAGCUUUCCAAGGACCCAAGACGCCACCUGGACUUGAGAGCCUGGGCGCAUCCUGCCUGAGUCCACAGAGGGCUCUUACGGCACUUUAGAAACCCCAGUCGCAGCAGCCACCCCAUCCUUUGACUCGCCGGCUUCGGGCCGAGCUCUAAGAAGGGUGAGGACAAGAAUGGGCCGAGGUCAGAGGCUGGCUGGCUGUCACAUCACCCCACUGCCUUUGGGGUGACGGGGCAGUUAGAGAAAGCAUCUCUGGACAAUGUCAAAGGUCAGGUCACAGUAGACAACCAAGGGCUGACGCCACAAGGGACCAUCUGGAUCUGGGGGGAGGGAGGUUUGGAGCACAUCUUUAUGAGUGUCAUACCUUUCUCCAGCACCUGCUGAGCUCCCACCUCCCCUGAGUCUCAGCCUCCUGGUUCAUGAGUCCUCUAGCGUGGGCCUCAGUGAAGAAAAACCCAGUAAGCAGGGGAUAGUCUCUGACUUACGGAAUUAACACAGCUUUUUUUUUUUUUUUUUUUUUUUUUUUUGAG